AUGCUGUCGAGCCUGGGCUACUCGGACGAGACGAACCCGUUCGGAGACUCGAGCCUGAGCCAGCCCUUCGUGUGGGGCAAGAAGUACGAGGACCAGGGCGCGGCCAAGCCGUCGGCACGCGAGCUCAAGAAGCAGCAGCUGCGGCGCGUGGACGAGAUCCGCAAGGCGCGCAAGCGGCGCGAGGAGCGCGAGGCCGAGCGCGAGGAGAUGGAGCGCCUCAAGAGCGAGGAGCUGCGCCUCAAGGACGCGGAGCAGUACGAGGACUGGCAGCAGAAGGAGGAGCAGUUCCACCUCAAGCAGGCCAAGGUCCGCAGCCAGCUGCGCAUCCGCGCGAACCGGGAAAAGCCCGUGGACCUGCUGGCCAAGAACUUGCUGCUGGUGUCGGCCAAGAGCGGGGAGCAGGACGAGGACGAGGUCUUCAAGAAGGAGAUCGGCCGCAUCAGGGUGGAGCACAGGCGGCCUCACGCUAUCGUGGAGGUGCUGUCCAUGGACGAGCUGUGGGAGCUACAGGAGGACGUGGGGACUUACGAGGAGCUGGAGCAGAGCGGCAACGGAGGACACAACGCCGAGUUUUGGAAGCUCAUGAAGCUCGUGUGCGACGACAGGAUCAGGCGCCUCAAGCGCUCGCAGAGUGAGGGGAGAGAGGGCCGAGGCGCGAUCCACGACUCGGUUAACGAGACCAUCGAGGAGAUGCUGGACGGCAAGGACGCCGACGCGUUGAAGAAGCUGCAGGAUGAAGUGAAAGAGACCAUCGCCAGCGCCUCGAGUGGAGCCACCGGGGUGGAUGUGGACUUCUGGGAGGAAGUCGCGCAGCAGAUUCGAGUGUACCAGGCCCGCGCGCGGCUUACGGAGCUGCACGAAGAGAUGCUCAACAAGCUGGCCGACCUCAUGGAAGAGCACGAGAGACGCUCUGCGGAGGAGGCAGCAGCGCGCGCGGCGGAAGACGAGAUGCACGGAGAGGUGGACGAGAAUGGACGUGACGCCGGCCGCGAAGCUCGCGAGAUGGAGAAGUCGUUCGCGCGCAAUGGCCUCGACGAGGCGGAAGAGCAGCUCGAUGCAUCCGAGGAAGUGGCACUGGCCGACUCAAAGGCUGCUCCGCGCUGGAGCGAGAAGUACCAGCCGCGCAAGCCGCGCUACUUCAACCGCGUCAAGACGGGCUACGACUGGAACAAGUACAACCAGACGCACUAUGACCACGACAACCCGCCGCCCAAGGUCGUGCAGGGCUACAAGUUCAACCUGUUCUACCCGGACCUCAUCGACAAGCAGACGGCCCCGCGCUUCUUCCUGGAGAAGGCCAACUCGGACGAGUUCUGCAUCAUUCGCUUCUCCGCCGGACCGCCUUACCAGGACAUCGCGUUCAAGAUCGUCAACCGCGAGUGGGAAUACUCCCACAAGCGCGGGUUCAAGAGCGUCUUCGAGCGCGGCAUCCUGCAUCUCUAUUUCAACUUCAAGCGCCACAGGUACCGGCGGUAG